AUGGAGAUUACUUACGUAUACACAAAGAAACGGGCGGAAUUUGGGAGGCAGUGCAAUUUUAGUGACAGAAACGCUGAGCUUCAUGUUGAUAUACUCCCUGAUUCGGAGCUUGCUGCGAAUUAUAUAGAAAAGAACCCUAUCGAUAGAGGUAUCCAGUGCUCAAAUGAAAUGUCAGAGCAUGAGAUUAAUACUGAAAGAUAUCAUUCUGAGUCACGCGGAAUUAAUCACAUCGAAGGAGGUUGGCCAAAAGAUGUGAAUGCUCAGGAGCCGGAUCAAGUUAUAAGGUAUAGAAAAAAGAUUGAGAAGGACGAAAUUUACACCGCAACUGUUCAAAGACUCGGUGGGGUUAGUAUUCUUUUUCUUCAAACCCUUUGGGAUAGGCGAAAGGGAUCGCAACCGGUAGAAGUAUCACCUGUUGAACAAAGCCAUCGUGAUCCAGCUUGGAAAGUAAUUUGGAUUCAGUCGAAGACAGGAACUGAAUGCUUCUCCACUGGUACUGACGGUCAAGUUCUGUGGUGGGAUGUACGAAAAAUGACAGAACCCACGGAAAAGCUGUAUUUGGACCCAACAAAGAAACAAGAUUUCUCGUGCGCUCAAGGGGCUUAUGCCUUAGAGUAUGAGUCGACCAUUCCAACAAAGUUUAUGGCUGGAACCGAACAAGGCACAAUUAUUUCAUGCAACAGAAAAGGCAAAACUCCUGCGGAGAAGAUUGUUGCAGUUUAUCCCGGUCACUUGGGACCAGUUUAUGCAUUGCAACGCAAUCCAAUGUUCCCGAAGAAUUUCAUGAGCAUUGGAGACUGGACAGCUCGGAUUUGGUCAGAGGAUAUCCGAGAUUCGGCAAUCAUGUGGACUGCUUAUCACGAGCAUCGACUGUCGGACGGAUGCUGGAGUCCAGUCCGACCAGCUGUAUUCUACACCACCCGUCUGGAUGGUGUGCUUGAUUGUUGGGAUGUGAUAUUCAAACAGAAGGAACCUACUUUGAGUAUACAGGUGUGCGAUGAGCCGUUGCAUUGUUUGAAAGCUCAAGAGCAAGGAAAUUUAAUUGCCACCGGUUCGCACAGUGGUGUUUGUACUAUAUUAGAACUGUCCGAGGGAUUUUGGACACAGCCAAGGAACGAAAAGAAUCUGAUCACGUCCAUGUUUGAGCGAGAGACACAUCGUGAGAAAAUUCUGGAGGCCCGAGCACGUGAGAUCAAGCUGAAAAAAGGCAAAGUUCAGAUGGGGAAUAUAAACUAA